AUGCCUAGUAUCACCACCAUCGAUGGCUAUACUUUUGACAAUUGGGGCCCUGUCACAACCACUUUCACGCCCCCUGCAAUCUGUGUAACCUCGACUACUAAUAUUGAAAUUGGACUGAGUUGGAGCAACUCUGCUCCUUACUUUAUAUACGACCAGCAGUGUUCUACUAUCGGGUACUGGGACUGUAUCCCAACUGGAACCCAGUCCAAGGCUACCAUCACGGCUUCUAACCUUGAAUCUAAUCCCACGAAUGCAUUCCAGGCCGUUUAUUUCUCUCCAGGCCUAUUUUGCCCUUAUGGAUGGGCAACUGUGGGCAUAGCCGCACGCGAGGAAAGCACACUGAGUGGAUCGGGUAUCCUCAGCACGGUGUCUCCGACAUACGAUCCCGAUAUUUCGAUAUUUGAAUAUCCAGCGACAUUGAUCUUGAACUACUCGACCCCAGAGAGACUGUUGUGA